UCUCAAAGUUCACAGCGAAACCGUGGAACUUCUAUGUUUUUUUGAACAGUUAUUAAAAGAACAAUAAUUGAAUUAUUUCCCAGUUCAGACUGUCGAACUGUUAUCAUCAAAUAAAGUACGAAAAAUUUCUGCCUUUGAGUAGAUUCACAAUUAGAAAGCGAAUAUGUAAAUUACAAUUUUGUCCUGUAAAUUUUCAGUUUGAUUUGAUUGAGCGAUUGCAAAUUGCAAUUUGCAAUGAAUCGAAAAAACUUAUUGUCUGCGGAUUACGUGGAAAAUUAUCUGAAUUCUGUGGAGAAUUUGCCUCGUGAUGUUCAACAAUGCAUUAGCAGACUCAGGGAACUGGAUUACGCCUAUUCCCGUAAGAAGUACAUACAGAACCUGAAGACAGUCGUGGAUUCUUUGAUUAUUGAUGAUGAUCAUGAUGAGAAUGACACUAGCGGAGAAGAUAUGCUGGGACCAACGAAAAACAAGUACACAGAGGCCAGAGAAUCAGCUGAACAGCUUGUAAAGAGCAUGCACAUUGAAGACAUUGACGCAGAAAGACUUGCCAUUUCUAACAAGAUAAAAGUCUUUGUUCAGGAAAGAGGAAACAUGUUGGACAUGACGAAAGAAAUGCUGGAUGAAUUUAUGAACAAUGAUGAUAACCAAGAUACUGGCUCAGAAAGCGAGGAUGAGGAUUGUAUCGUAGAAUGGGAUGGGAACGUCGAAAACGAAAAUGGGAGCAAGGGACCCGGUCAUUGUUUGGAGUUAAAUGACUCAACUCAAGAUCAACACUUUACCGAUUCCAGCUUUGAUGAUUCCAUUAAUGGAUCGAAAAAUUCAAUUCCUAACCUGCCUUCGACAUCUGCCAGUGACAACAAGUCUUCCGAGUUAAAAAAAUUAACUGUCAGUGGAACUGAUCGAAAUUUACGAAAUUCGACAAAAAAUUCAAACGUAAAUUAUACAGCCAUCGCUAUCGUAGGACCACUUGGUACCCAUGUUACCCAUAAUACCUCUUCACAACGGGGAUUCACAUCUACAAAAUCGUCUUCGGUGGCAAUGCCUACUUCGUCAAAUAAUAAAACUUGCCAAACUAUUAAAAAUAAGGAAAUUAUGAAACAUAAAGGUAAAACCACUACUAAGCAGAAUAAGCCGGAGGCGAAGCAAUCUUCUAAAAAGUCUACGUCAACCAGUGAUAGUGAAGGCGACGAUAGCAGUGUCGAAGUAUAUGAGACUGAUCCUGAUGAACCGAAAUACUGUGUGUGUGAGAAGACCUCACGUGGAGACAUGAUUUUAUGUGACAAUACUAUGUGCCCCAUCGAGUGGUUUCACUUCGACUGUGUAAAGAUCAACCGGAAGCCAAAAGGUAAGUGGUUCUGUCCACGAUGUCGCCGGGAUGAAAACGCAUCUGUGAUGAAAGAUCGUUCGGUUUUGCUUAAAGAGCUGGACGAAUAUAAUAGUAUGAAAGAACAAGAGAAUGCUGAAGAUUUGUAAUACGUUUUUGUUAGCUUUGCAUUUUGUGUUACAAUUCACUACUUUAUGGUUAUGGUUUAGUUAAUAUUCUACACAAUAUUCAGUAUUCAAUUCGGUCCAAUAUUUUAUCGACAAUUUGCAUCGAUAUUUGAUAUAAUUACCUGUUUUCAAAAUUAAAGCAUCAAAUAUAAAAUCCUAGAUAAAAAUUAACAUCAAAAUGCUUGCAGCAUGAGAAGUUUUGUUGUUCUACAGUUAAUAUGACAAAUCUGUUUUAGUUAAUUCUAACUUUAUUAUAGAUGAUUCGUCUUUGUCCAGUCGUUCGUUACGCCUUGUGAGUAAUAAAAAAUUGUUUUGUCUUUGUCAAAGAUCCAAGUCACUUUUCC